AUGGCUGUAAAAAUCGUGGAGACCUACUCUGUGUCGCCGCCACCGCCUGGCGGCGGCGCAAAGCAGUCGCUUCCUCUUGUAUACUUCGACAUGAUAUGGCUCAACUCCAUCCUGACCGAGGAUCUCCACUUCUACCCCGUCAAAUGCUCCCGAUCUCAUUUCCUCAACACCAUCGUCGUCCAACUCAAAAAUUCCCUCUCCCUCACUCUCAAACACUUUUACCCUCUAGCAUCCAACAUCAUUUUCCCACUAACCCCCUCUGCCAUGCCUGUCACCGCCGCCGCCGCCCUCGCCCUCACAGUCGCUACCUCUGACGCCGACUUCUCCACCCUAGUCUCCAAUUCCCCCAAACCUGCCGCCGAAUUCCAUCAAUUCGUCCCACAAAUGCCGCCGCCGCUUCACUCCGCCGCCGACAUCAGAUUCGGCGCCAUCGCAAUCCAACUCACCCAUUUCCCCGACAAGGGAAUCUGCGUCGGCCUCACAAUCCAUCACUCCGUUUGCGACGCCAACGCCCUCUCCCGCUUCCUCUGCACGUGGGCCGCCAUCAAUAAAGGCGGCGAUUCAGAUUCAGAUUCUAUCAAGAAUCUUCUCCCUUCUUACAGCCGAGAUUCCAUCCAAGAUUCAGACAGACUGACCCUAUUCCAUUGGAAUCAAAUCAAGAAAAGCAAACCAACUGUUUCACUAACCCUUCCCCUUCCUAAUUUCAACAAAUUAGUCCGAGCAACUUUCAAAUUAAGCGACGCCGAAAUCAAGAAGCUGAAGAGCUUCGCCACGAUCAAGAAUCCUUCCACUUUCGUGGUAGUCUGCGCUCAUCUCUGGACCUCCAUGGCAAAACUGGACGACGACGACAACGACGAGCCUUAUUACUUAGGCUCUCCCAUCGACUGCCGCCGCCGCCUUGAUCCGCCGUUUCCGGACAACUACUUCGGCAACUGCGUGAUGCCUUUGCUUGCCGUCUCAACACAUGGGAGGCUGAAAGGGAAUGGAGGGUUCGCGGUGGCGGUGACGGCGGUUGUGGCGGCUAUCAAGGUUGUCGGAAAAAGCACGAGGGUGUCGGAGUUUUUUGAGAAUCGUUCGGAAAUAAUGUCGGAGUUGAUCGGGAAGAAGGCCGUUUGGGUUGCGGGAUCGUCGAGGAUCGAUCACUAUGGUGAAGAUACGGAUUAUGGAUGGGGGAAGGCAGUGAAGUUUGAAUGCAUUCAUACUGAUUUUCAAGGAGCAGUUCAUCUUUGUAAAGGUAGAGAGGGAGGAGUGGAGAUGGGGUUGUCAAUGGAGAAGGGUAAGAUGGGUAUUUUUGCAGAUGUGUUUAACAAAUUCUUACACAUCAAUAGCAAUUUGUGA